ACUAUAUAUUCCCAUAGUUAACGCCGGUACAAAAUAAGGGAUAGGGUGGAAUAGAGUGCUUUGAAAAGAGAGGAAGCAAGGAGGGUAGCUCGGCUCUUCUUGCCUGCCGGUCUCGAAGAUCGCCAAUACAAGCGGCCAACGCGUUGGAGAUUUUGAGAAAUUUUUAUCUCCUGCUCUCCUCUUCUAUCUUUUCUCCUCCUUCGAUCUUUUCGUGUUGUCUGGAAAUCCAAGAGUUUGUAUGCUUUCUUCAUCGUUAGGGAAUAUUGGUAUUGGUGGUGCAUGUGAUAGAUGUUUAGAUUUCAGAGUUGAAAUCUGAAGAAUUGCCACUAGUUUUCGAGUCAAAAAAAAAGAUCCAUUUCAUGGAUUGAAGGUAUACGAAGUUUUGCCUUUUUUUUGAAGAUUUUUCAGAGGGUGCUUUUUAUUGCCGGAAGUAUCUCGUUUCUGUUGAUCACUCUGAAAGUCCCACUCUUCUCUCUCUCAAAAACGAAACGAACCCAAACUUUUUUGUUUUUGCUCUUCGUUUAGGGAAAAAAAAGGUGGCUUUUUUUUUUAUUUGAGUUCAAAGUCCGUUUUCUCGCGACCGGAAAUAUAUUAGUUUUCUGAUUAAGUUGUUGAAGUUGCGAGAAUUUGAUUCACUGACAAUUCCCGAACAGGGAGAAAAAAAAUCUGAUCUUGAGCCUAAAAGAGUGAUAAAAAUCCAGUUUUUGGGAUCACAUUUCCCCAAGGAAUCAAGGAGCUUCACCACUACGAGCGAUGCAAGGCUCGGCGGCGGUCCAGGGGGCGGCGAAGCCCACGUUCCCUGAGCCGGAGCAGCACCUCAAGUGCCCCCGGUGCGACUCCACCAACACCAAGUUCUGCUACUACAACAACUACAAUCUCUCCCAACCUCGCCACUUCUGCAAGGACUGCCGCCGGUACUGGACCAAGGGCGGCGCCCUCCGCAACAUCCCCGUCGGCGGCGGCACCCGCAAGAACUCCAAGCGCUCCGCCGCCUCCGCCACAGCCGGCGCCACCGCCUCCAAACGGCCCUCCACCACGUCCCCGCCGCCUCCCCCUUCCUCCGAUCAUCUUCCCAAACCGGAGCCGAUCUCCGUCCUCUAUUCUUCGACCACCGACCCCGAUGACCGCCUACUCGACAUUAGCGGGAGCUUCAGUUCGCUGCUCGCCUCCAGUGGAGGCUUCGGAAACUUUCUGGAUGGCUUCGGCUCCGGCUCGGCCAUGUCUGCCGCCGGCGCGCUGCCGAAUUCCGGCGAUCUGAACCGUUCCACUGGUGUUGGUAUGGAUCAGCUGCAUAACUCCGGCGAUAGCAACGGUAAUGAUAACCCUGCGGCGCUGGAGAAUUUCUUGGGGGAUUCCAGCUGCUGGGGUAAUGGCUGGCCCGAUCUCCGCAUCUAUACUCCAGGUUCCGGCUUCCAAUGAUCAAGAAAAAUAGAGAAUUUUAGAGCAAAGAGAAGUAAACAAUAGACUCUUUUUUUUUUCCUUUGUUCUGUUUUCAUCCUCCUUUCUCUUCCUUGGGUUUUCUUAUUAUCAGUCUGUGGAACUGUUCUUAAGAACCCUGUCACAUGUAUGUGUUAGUUAUAGAGGUAAUGAGGUGCAGAUAUUGAGAUGGAUAUAUACUGAUUUGGGCUUGAAUAAUUUUCUAGAUUUCUUGUGGGCUUUAGCUUCUUUGCAUGAUUGAAAUAUGCUUUUGUGCAACAUUUUCUCUGGUUCUUUCUGAUCUUUUGGAGGAGAAUGUGGUUGAUUAUUGGGCUUGGUGAUUGAGUGGUAUUAAUGUGAGCAUGUUGAUGUUGGAAUGUCAAAAGCUUUUUUUUUUCU